AUGUCUGCUUACACAACAAACCUCGUCAAGGCUGAUGGCCUGAAGAUAUUCUACAGAGAAGCCGGUCCAAAGGACGCGCCAGUUAUACUUCUUCUCCACGGGUUCCCAAGUUCAUCUCACCAGUUCCGAAACCUCAUCCCGCUACUCAGCCACAAGUACCGGGUGGUCGCUCCCGAUCUUCCAGGGUUUGGCUUCACAGAAGUACCAGCAGAGCGCCAAUAUAGCUACACAUUUGAGAACAUCGCCACAAGCAUCGGUGCAUUCCUUGACGUCCUUGAGAUCAAGAAGUUCUCGCCAUACGUCUUCGAUUAUGGAGGACCAACUGGAUUCCGUCUCGCGCUCCAGCGACCAGAAGCCAUCCAAGUCAUCUUCACGCAAAACGGCAAUGCCUACGAAGAAGGCCUCGGCGAGUUCUGGGCACCUGUUCAAGCGCUAUGGAUGGAGGAUACUCCAGAGCAACGAGCUGUAAUCCAAAAAGCUCUCCUCACCCUCGAAACUACCAAAUGGCAAUAUACGAACGGUUCUCAUGACCAACAAGUAGCCCCUGAAGCUCCCUACUUGGACUGGGCACUGAUGGAGCGGCCCGGCCAAACAGAGAUUCAGAUUGGUUUCUUCUACGACUACCGUACCAAUCUUCCCUUGUAUCCUCUCUUCCAAGAAUACUUUCGAAAGUCGCAAGUUCCACUCAUUGCAUUCUGGGGCAAGAAUGAUGAGAUUUUCGUCCCACCUGGAGCGGAGGCUUUCAAGAGGGAUUUGCCGAAUGCGGAGAUCCAUUUGUUGGACACGGGACAUUUCGCUGUGGAGACUAUGACUGCGGAGAUUGGGAAGUUGAUGUUGGAUUUCCUGGCUAAGAAUGGUAUCUAG